CACCCCUGUGCUGGGCGGCGCUUCCGCCGGCGUGCGGGCCGGGAUCCGCAGUGGUCUGCGGGCGAUGGAGCGGCUGGCGGGCUGUCGGCUUGGGCCAUGGAUGCUGCUAUUGCUCCUGCUCCGGGUGCAGGCCCGCCAGAAGGAGUCAGGCUCAAAAUGGAAAGUAUUUAUUGACCAAAUUAACAGGGCUUUGGAGAAUUAUGAACCAUGUACAAGUCAAAACUGCAGCUGCUAUCACGGCGUCAUCCAAGAGGACCUCACUCCUUUCCGAGGUGGUAUCUCCAGGAAGAUGAUGGCUGAGGUGGUCAGGCGGAAGCUAGGGACCCACUACCAGGUCAUUAAGCACAGAUUAUUUCGGGAAGAUGACUGCAUGUUCCCCUCCAGGUGUAGUGGUGUCGAACACUUUCUUUUGGCGGUGAUUCAGCGUCUCCCGGACAUGGAAAUGGUCAUCAAUGUACGAGAUUAUCCUCAGGUUCCUAAGUGGAUGGAGCCAACCAUCCCUGUCUUCUCCUUCAGUAAGACAUCGGAGUACCAUGAUAUCAUGUAUCCUGCAUGGACAUUUUGGGAAGGGGGCCCUGCUGUGUGGCCACUUUAUCCUACUGGUCUUGGACGGUGGGACCUCUUCAGAGAAGAUCUGCUACGGUCAGCAGCACAGUGGCCAUGGGAAAAGAAAAAUUCUACAGCAUAUUUCCGAGGAUCAAGGACAAGCCCAGAAAGAGAUCCUCUCAUUCUUCUGUCUCGGAAAAAUCCCAAACUCGUUGAUGCAGAAUACACCAAAAACCAGGCCUGGAAAUCUAUGAAAGUAAUCAGCCGCCCUCUGACCAGAACCACAGCAGUGGUGACUCUGAGAGCAGUGCCAGCUGGGGGGAAUGGUGUGGGGUUUGAGGCCGUAGCUGCGGAAAGUGAAGUGUGUUGUCUUCUCUUUCUCAGGUAUCUGUUUAAUUUCCGAGGUGUAGCUGCAAGUUUCCGGUUCAAGCAUCUCUUCUUGUGUGGUUCGCUGGUCUUCCAUGUUGGUGAUGAGUGGGUUGAAUUCUUCUACCCACAGUUAAAGCCAUGGGUUCACUACAUCCCAGUCAAGACAGACCUCUCCAAUGUCCAGGAGCUGUUGGAAUUUGUAAAAGCAAAUGAUGAUAUUGCUCAGGAAAUUGCUAAAAGGGGAAGCAGGUUCAUCAUCCACCAUUUGCAGAUGGACGACAUCACCUGUUACUGGGAGAACCUCUUGACUGAAUACUCCAAGUUCCUGUCCUAUAAUGUAACACGAAGGAAAGAGUAUGGUCAGAUCAUUCCCAGACUUCUGAAAACUGAACUGUAGUCAUCAUUGGAGGGCCGGAACCUUGACAGUGGAUCUGUGACGUUCUGUGGUGACAUGUGUAUCAUGAGCGUGACAGCUAGACUUUGAACACCUUUGGCCAAGCCAAACUUCUAGUUUUCCUUAUCAUGUUGUAUCCGAAGGGAGUAACAAGAACGAUCUAAAAUGUGCGUGAUGAACAGCUCUCCGAAAUCAUGAAAGACGGAUUUGGAACUGCAUUCCAACUUUCAUUUUUCUCAUGACCAAUCACAGCGUGUGCCUCAGGUCAUCUCCAUGUAUCCUCACUGUGAAACUGACUGGCUCCGUGUGAAGACACCCUUUGUCCUGUUAUUUGGAGCAGACCAUCCAUCGUUUGGUAUAAUUCAUAUUUGCAACUUUGAAGUUAUUCUAGGCUUGAUGUCUGUUGCUUUAUUUUAAUGUAGAAAUCCUAUGGUGUUUGUGAAAAGUACCGCAGUGACCAUUUCCUGAAGAGUCGAAGGAAGCAAUGGCUGUGCCGUGCAGCGCUGUUGGCGUUCUCUUUUAUAGAAGCAUAAAUUCUUUGGCCCUCAGGAGGUUUCUAUAAUGCUUCAAUUGCAUGAGUAAGUUCUGCAGUGGGGUUUCAAGUGCCCAUUUUGUGCCUUCAUGCCCUUUUUAUUCUCUCUCUAAAGGAGAGAGACAAGGAGAGAGAUCUCUUAAUACAUUUAGGAAGCAGUCUUGUUAAAAAAAACAAAACGAAACAAUGUCCCUGUUAUACUGACACUUCUGAAGUAGAGGCCGGAGGAGGAGUUCAUGGCCACCAUCAGCUACACAAGGGUUCAAGGACAGUCUGGCUACACAAGGGCCUGUCUCAUAAACUCUUAACUAACCUUUUGCACACCUUUGAUUUUGCCUUCUUAAGUUAGCAGCAGCAGGACCAUCUCAGUUUGCAGAGACAAUGAUCUUCAUAUGUGAACACAUCAUGAAGUGUCAAUUCAUAGAGCACUUAUAGCUGUCAUUUUUACUCCUACAAGAGGUAUUUUAGUGUAAAUCAUCAUUGGAGUACUUCCUUAUGUCCCUUCUGAAACACAUGUGUGGACAGUUAGUUCAAGUUACCACUUCCGACAUCACCUCUCUGGGCUUCAUUCUUGGUUGCUAGGGACUAUUGUAACAGUCUGCUCGUGCCUGUAUGAUCCGCUGUCACGCUGCGGUGCAGUUACUUGGCUGUUUCUUCCGCUAUUCCGUAAGCUUAUUGAUGGUGAGAACGAUGUUUCGCUGCUCUUGAUGUCCCCAUUAUCUAGCACAGUGCCUCACACAGAACAGUUACUGAAGAACCGUGGGGGGACGGGUGAGUGGGGGAUGGACUGACACAGUCACCUGACUUAACUAAAUUCUAUUUUUAAAUUGCUCGGUUACUGACUGCGGAGAGGAUGAGAUGCAUUGGAAGAAAUGGAUCAAUACAGAUCGUCUCUUGCCCUCUUGAGUAGCAAGGGGUAUCUUUGUUUUGAAAACAACAAAAGUCCCUUGGGUUUUAUACUGUUCUGUGUACCUCAGUGCAGAUGGUUUGAGAAUGACGUGUAACACUGUUGUAUGUGUAAAGUGAAUGCUUUUGGAAAUAGUUCGUGUGCUCAUACUUGGGGAGAUUUUGUUAUCGUUCAUGCUAGCUCAGCUCCAAACUUACCAUUUUCUCCUCAGAAAAGUUCAUCCUCUCUACUGUGGAAAAGGUAUAACCAAAUAUAAUGUGUUUUCUAAGA